AUGCUAUUGCCCAAUUUGGUUGUUGAAGCGUGGGCCGUUUACAUGCUGGUGGCAGUGCUUGUGUACUUUCUGCCCCGGACGUCGCGGCCCAGAAGGUCUACAUCUACCAUCAUGCAUCAAGGCCCCGAUGUCGGUUUACAAGCAUCAAUACACUCACAGCCGUCGCCGGUUGAUGGCGCAAACGAUAUCUUUGGCGGAUGGCUUCUGCGGGUGUUGGAAAUGUCUACUUAUAUCUCUGUUUCUAAAGUAUGUCUAGUAACUCUAUAUUUUAUAUCACUCCUUCUUGUCUUUUCAGGCUCAUAUGCCGUGCCUCUAGGGACAUGCCUGUUUAGGGUCUUGUCCUUUAUCUUUCUACUCGAAGAUACAGCGUUGCCUAUGCUUGCACACUUAACGAUUCUGUCUCAUGGUGUCUCACGUGUGUGGUCUCGCUUGUAUCUACGCACUAUAGUACCUUUUCUGUUUCCAGUUGUGGCUCUUUCAAUUUACCGUGAAUUGACCACGCACCCAGGGCGCGUUGAUAUUUCUAUGCGCUCCAAUAACACUGCAACCGUUAUCUCCUGUGUGUUGUUGGUGGUGUUCUCUGUCACUGAAUGUAUCUUAUUAUAUCUCUUGCAUAAGCACUCCUGUGCUCUUAGUUGUGCCUCCCUACGUCCAGACUUGUGCCAACUAUCCUAUCACGAACCCAACCUAAACAAUUUCUUCAAGCAGAUGCUCCUCAUUUACUCCUUAUCUAACAAUGUGUACAAACUCAUUGUACGCAGGGUUGUCAAGCUCAUAACGCUUGUGUUUGCUUUCUCUAGAGAGUCUAUGCUUCAGCCAGAUACUCACUACAUCAUAAUUACGACGUUGAUCACCGUCAGAUUCACAUUGGCACUGGAUGGAAAUAUUGCUAUUACGCAUUUCGGUAAAAACGGUGAAGCCUCUCCCUUCCAUUCUUCUCGUUCCCUACUGCAUAUUGUCACGGACCCCACUCUGCUCAAGCUCUUUCUCAGAUAUUCUUCCUACUCUACACAAGCUGUUGAAAGGCUUUUAUUUUUAUAUGAUGCCAGCCUAUAUAGAUUGCAGCUGCUUGUUGCACAGAACAUCAACCUUAUUAAGGAAAGCACCGUCACCCUCAGCACUUGGUGGUUCCAAGACUCUCAGUACUUCCCCCCGAAGGUUGUGCAAAAGAUAAAUGAAAGGGUUCUUACUCUGCUCCUGCGCUCACCCACCUCUGGGUCCCUGCCGGAGCUACAGAGGGAGGCCCUCGAUAUCCUUUCUCUUCCAGAGAAGUGCGCCUAUUCUUUCCUGACUGAUUUCAUCAUACCAGCAUUCUACCAAUCCCCUUUAGGCAUUAGUGCACUUAUAAUUAGUAUUCUUUUUGAUAAGGUAUCGCUACACGGGGAGCCUUACUUUAAAAAGGCUCUCCACAAGCUCUUCAAGCAAUAUGGUCAGCACGAGAAGGUUUCGGCCUUCUACGACAUGCUGCACUUAAACCCGUUACUGGCCUUGUUCAUUCCUGAAGCCAUUUCAUGCGUUAUGUCGGAUACUACCUCGCCCCAUCAGUCACACGCCCCACAGUUGUGGAGAAAAAGAUCUCAAUCGAUUGCAGGUACACACUUAGGAUACUUUAGUCGAAAAAGCUGCUUCCUUAACAAAUGUCUCUUUAAACAACUUUCCGAUAUAACUGCGCAUAUUUUUCGCAUAGAAGGCCGAGAUUCUGCCAUGAGCAAGCGCCUUAUGUCAUCUAUCCAAGACUUAGAGUUUGUCGGCGUGCACAACAGGCUCUUCUCCCUGGAGACGUCCCAUUCCAUUGACUACAUACAGCAGAUAAUGUAUCCUCUUGUUGGUUCGCGAAGGCACAGCUCCUACAAGCGCAUUCUAUCGAAGUACAACCUACAGUCCAGCCUUGUACCUACCAAGGGCAGCAGUUCAUUGCUUUGCGUUUACACCUCGUUAUCUACGGACUCCACAGACCUCACCAAAUCUGUGGAUGAAUUCCUUUCUACAACAUUCUGCCCAAGACCGUCUUUUGACAGCAUGGAGAAGCUUAAAGAGACAGACUCUUCUAACUGCAGAUUGAGUCUUAAGACUAAAUCCUUUAUCGGCACGUACCUAGUGAAGCACAUCGUCCAGCUUAAUCAGCCAGUCCACCCACUCUUCAAAGAUCUAGACGACAGAGAGAAGCGCAAGUUUCAUGGAUUAUGCAUUCCAAAGCACGCAUUCUUCAGCACAGAGGCUUUUAUUUUGAGCAUUAACUCUUAUGCAGAUUGCAGCUUUUGGCCCAGCUUCCAAGAGACAGACGCUUGUGGCUCAAAGUCAAUAAGUUUUCAGUUUGCUCACUCUAGAGACGGAACAGAGAAGUCUCCUCGGAUGAUUGUGCGAACACCCGUCGACUCAUCUAAGCAUAUUCAAGUAACGAUUAUCUCCAAUCGCAUUAAGCUAUUCAGGCUACUAUAUUCUGCACUACACCAUCUCGGCUUAAUAACUGACUUUCGCUUACCUCUUGAGGCAAUAUCCACUCUGUGCCUGUGGCUUACAACCAACGAGACGAGUGUUUAUUAUAAUAGCUCGACAGUGAUUUACGUUAUCAGAACUGCAUUUGUAUUCCUUUGCUCUAUGGAGCACGAUGCCCCCGGGUUUCUGCCCAAGGAUGUUAUCCUAGCAAUGCUUCUUUCAGCUUUAUGCAGUACGUACAAGCACUCUGGUCUUUCUAAUAAGGCCCUUAUCUCCUCGGCUCAUUGGCUUGCCGAUCUAUAUGCAGAUAUUGCACCCUCUACAAAUUUCUGUACAGCAGCAGGAUGGAUUGCUAUAGUGCAAUCCGGACUCUUAGCUCAUUCCGACUUGAUUACUCGAAGACGUAUAAGGUCGUUUUAUCUGACGUUUUCACGGAGCUUUUCAGAGGACAUCGCUGUAACGAAUUACUACGAUAUCCUUCAAUCGUUGACCGAUAGAAGCAUGGACACCGAGCUGGAGGCUUUUAAAUUGAAGCUUUGCAAGCUCUUCACUUCCUUUCUACUGUUCUCGGCUCAGGCUUACAAUAAGGCCACGUCUCUCCACUUAUCUGUCAGUAAGCAUCUGGAUGUAGAGGAAGAAAUGCAGCUCUUAUCCUAUGUUCUACCAAACCAGGAGCCAUGUCUAAAUAAGAGUACAUACCCACUAGAUACAAUAGUGCUGCGUGAAACUGUGGGACUGACAACCAUAGCCCUUCCAAUACUCAUGCUGCUUAAAGAGUCUCUAAACUUUAUUUCGAAUUCCUAUCGGAUCAGAUUCGAGUAUGUUCUCAGGCAAAUCGAGCUUUUUACAAGGCACAUCAGUGCAUCGGCCAAUAUGUGGGCUUGUAUGUUGAAGUGA